AAGCUGCCAGCUCUCCGGCAGCAGCUCCGUUAUUCUCCCUCUGCUUCAGGAAAGCGUUUCCAGAGACAGUCUGACAGCAUGCCUCUGCUUCUGCGUGCACAGCUGCUCCUCUUCCUCAUCUCCCUCUCAUCCUGGAUGGGGCUCAGCCGCUACAUUGAGGACAAUGAACCUUCAGAUGGAUUAUAUUCUCUUCUCAGUUUGGAGCAGAAAAGAGAGUCAGAGGAUUUUAUUUUCCGCCGACCUCUCAGGUGCUUGGACAUGUUGGCCACCGAAGGCUUGUUCACCUUCGUUGCGUCUCAGCCACAGUUGGCCUGCGCCGCCUUUGUCAUCGCUGAACCCAGUGAGGUCAUAAGUCUGGAGCUGUUUGACGUCAACAUCGACUGCAACGCCGGAGAUUUCAUUAAGAUGUUUGAUGGCUGGGUUCUGAAGGGAGAAAAGUUCCCCAGCAACCUCGACCACCCUCUGCCGAUGCACCAGCGCUACACAGACUACUGCUCCUCAACAGCAGCUGGGGCCAGCAGCCGCUCAGCUCAGAAUGUCGCUAUGGUCUUCUUCCGGAUUCACAGCCAUGACAGUGGCUUCACCCUUAAUGUCAAAAAGCUACACAACCCUUUCCCUUGUAACAUCAUGUCUCAGAGUCCGGAGGGCAGCUUCACCAUGGUGAUGCCACAUCAGCGCAGGAACUGCAGCUUCUCCAUCAUCUAUCCUGUAGAGAUCCGACUGACAGAGCUGAGCUUGGGGCAGGCCAGAAGCAAUGAGCUGGUCCCACAGAGGCAGGUGUGGUCAGGCUGCUCAGGGUCAGGUGACUAUGUGGAGCUGUUAGGAGGGAACGGGGUGGAUACAUCCCACAUGUCCCCGGUGGCUGACCUCUGUUUCUCCCACAGUGGCCUCGCCCAGAUGAAGAUUGGUUGUGAUAACUCAGUGGUCAGGCUGGUGUCCAGUGGGAACUAUAUCAACCGUGUUUCCUUCCAGUACCGACUACUGGAACGCAGUGAGCUGCCCAAAACCCAAGAGAACAGUUUGGAUAACUUCUGCUCUGUGGAAUGAGAUCAAACGCACCAACAUGCACACUCACAAAUCAAAAUGUCAAGUCUGUAAAAUAAUGGUUUCAUGAAAAUAUCUCAUUUGACUAAUGUCAUUGAUAAAUAUUUUGUAUUGUUUAUGCCAAAUAUUUUAUUUAGUAUCCUAAUUAUGAUAGCAUAUUUAUUUUUUAAAAAAUGGUUUAUUAAUCUCUUUCUUCAUAAGAAUGAUGAAUGAUGGGGAUUUAGCUGUUUUUUUUUUUCAGUUACUUGUUAUGAAAUUCUGUAAAAUGUUUCUUGGAAAACCAUUGCUUUCAAAGAAAUGGUUUUCUGCUUUCACUACUGUUUAUAUUGCCUUUGAAAUUGAAAAAUAAACAUUACUUGCAUGUUAA